AUGGUUUGUAUUCACACUGAAAAUCAAAAUCAAGGGGACUUUUACCCUUUUGUUCUACUGGAGAUUUCUGUUCUCCAUGAGUCCCCCUUAGGACACCUGCGUUGUGGUUUAACAGAUGUGCCGCCCCAGCCAAACUCCCACCUGACAAUGUCUUCAACCCGGAUCGGCCCGCGAAGGACCUUAACGCCAGAAGAUGGGCGGUGA